CCCGGCCCCGCCCAGGCCCCGCCCCCUUCGGUGGGUCCCGGCCGCGCUCAGCUGACGCCGCGCUUCACGUGACGCUGAGCAGGGCAAGCAUGGCGGUGGCCGCCGGGCCUUCAUUCUGGCUGGGGAACGAAACCCUGAAGGUGCCCCUGGCACUGUUCGCCCUGAACCGGCAGCGCCUGUGCGAGCGCCUGCGGGCGAGCCCGGCCGUGCAGGCCCGCUCCGUCGUGCUGCUGCAGGGCGGGGAAGAGACCCAGCGCUACUGCACCGACACCGGCGUCCUCUUCCGCCAGGAGUCCUUCUUUCACUGGGCAUUCGGCGUGACCGAGCCAAACUGCUACGGCGCGAUUGACGUUGACACUGGAAAGUCGAUCCUGUUUGUGCCCAGGCUUCCUGCCAGCCAUGCCACCUGGAUGGGAAAGAUCCACUCCAAGGAGCACUUCAAGGAGAAGUAUGCCGUGGAUGACGUCCAGUACACAGACGAGAUUGCCAGUGUCCUGACAUCGCAGAGCCCCUCUGUCCUCCUCACCUUGCGCGGCGUCAACACCGACAGUGGCAGUAUCUGCAGGGAGGCCUCCUUCGAGGGCAUCAGCAAGUUCAAUGUCAACAACACCAUUCUUCAUCCAGAGAUUGUGGAGUGCCGGGUCUUUAAGACGGACAUGGAGCUGGAGGUCUUGCGCUACACCAAUAGGGUCUCCAGCGAGGCCCACCGGGAGGUAAUGAAGGCUGUAAAAGUGGGAAUGAAAGAAUAUGAGAUGGAAAGUCUCUUUGAGCACUACUGCUACUCCCGGGGCGGCAUGCGCCACAGCUCCUACACCUGCAUCUGCGGCAGUGGGGAGAACUCGGCUGUGCUGCACUAUGGACAUGCUGGGGCCCCCAACGACCGGACCAUCCAGGACGGAGACAUGUGCCUGUUCGACAUGGGCGGUGAGUAUUACUGCUUCUCUUCCGACAUCACCUGCUCCUUUCCCGCCAAUGGCAAGUUCACCGCAGACCAGAAGGCCAUCUACGAGGCGGUGCUGCGCAGCUGCCGUGCUGUCAUGAGCGCCAUGAAGCCAGGCGUCUGGUGGCCGGACAUGCACCGCCUGGCUGACCGCAUUCACCUGGAGGAGCUGGUGCGCAUCGGCGUCCUGAGCGGCAGCAUCGACACCAUGCUCCAGGCCCACCUGGGCGCCGUGUUCAUGCCUCAUGGGCUCGGCCACUUCCUGGGCAUCGAUGUGCACGACGUGGGAGGCUACCCCGAGGGCGUGGAGCGCAUCGAUGAGCCAGGCCUUCGGAGCCUGCGCACCGCUCGGCGCCUGGAGCCAGGCAUGGUGCUCACCGUGGAGCCGGGCAUCUACUUCAUCGACCACCUCCUGGACGAGGCUCUGGCCGACCCGGCCCGCGCCUGCUUCUUUAACCGUGACGUCCUGCAGCGCUUCCGUGGUUUCGGUGGAGUCCGCAUUGAGGAGGAUGUCGUGGUGACCAACAGUGGCAUGGAGCUGCUGACCUGCGUGCCCCGCACGGUGGAGGAAAUCGAAGCAUGCAUGGCAGGCCGUGACAAGGCCUUUACUCCCUUCUCUGGACCACAGUAGAGCUAGGCGGGAGUGCCCAGUGUGACGGGGACCAGCUUUGCAACCUCUCUUCUGGCUGGGCAGCCUGCUGAUUUGCCCUCCAGCAGGAGAUGGUGCUCAGAAAUCACAGGCCGGCUUCCACAUUUGAUCACGGCAAACAGUGCUGUUUCCCGGGGGUCUAACCUUCUGCAAAAUCACACCCUUAAUCUGUCACUCUGCUUGAAUGACAGUGGUUUUUAACAGGCUUACUGAAAAUAAUCCUAUUCUUUUCUUUAAUAACUAAAAUGUGUCUUGCUGUCAUUUGUAUUCUUCUGCUCAUGAAAGAUGCAGUUUCACUGUUUCUCUCAAAAAUCAAUAUGCAGAAUGGAAUUUACAAUAAAAGAUUUCCUAAAAUGGG